AUACCGCUAUAAACAGGAUUGACAAGGGACUAUUUUCUAAGGAAUGAGUCGUCGCCAUAGAUGAACAAGAAAAAUGGAGUUUCUAUGCCUUUAUCGAUCUUAUAGAUUACCAUGAAGAUAGCAGUUAAAAAAAUAAUGUUCCUUUUGUAUAUAUGGGAAUUAGUUAGUUAAGUACUGGCGUUAAACUGUGAAAAACAGCUGCAGUCGUGUCCCGGAAGUGGGUAUUUUCUGCUCGUUCUCAUCUGUCAGAAUGAAUAAUUUUCAUGACGGAAAGAUUAUUGUGUUGACAUUAUGAAUGGAAAAGUAGAUUUAAUAGUGUCCAAUGAGAAAAUUGUGGAAGAUAUCGUUAAAGACGAUUACGACUCAAAAUUCUUGUCAUUCCUUUGUGAGAAACAUUGUUUUCAUUCAUUCCAAAAAAGAGGUCACAGUCAUUUGACCUGGUGCGCGAGACUUCAUUUUUUUCAUCAACAAACGGAGACGAGACAGUCGCUAGUCAUAUAACUAUUAUUUAAAGAAGUGAUCAUUGGCAUUUUAAUACUAUCAUUAUCUCAUUAUUUUAGAUAAACAUUAUAUACAGAGAAGUAUAUAUGUAACUGAAGUAGCACAGUGACCAUGUUACCCUACAUUUAUGAAUAUCAUGUUUUACAUACUUUGUGAAGAAGUUUAAGAGAUACUGUCUCUUAAGCAAAUAAAUACAGCUUUUAUUUUAUUAUCAUAAAAUGAGUAAAAAGCUGCCUAUGGCAAAUGGGGAAUUGUCACAUGAAAUUGGUGAGAGUAAGCAUGUUGGAAAGGGACCGUCACAUGUUUCAAAAGGUAUGAAAAAGGUUACUGACAUGGGACAAAAAAUAACACAUAGAAAAGAAAGUGCAAUGCCAACCAAUUCUCAGAAACAAAAUCAGUCGGAAAACACCUUUCCAAGAACCACUUCAAGAAGUUCGAGAAAUAUCCCUUGGAGGGCAAGACGUUGUGUAUCAGAUGAUAUUUCUGGAAGAAUCGAUAGCGACAAGCAUUCAUGUGUAUCUGGAUUAAGACACCGUACCCGUGAAGGAAGUAAAAAAGUUGAUUUAGCUGGUAAAGAUCGUUCAUUAAGUUUACCUUCAGAAACAAUAGAAGAUAUUGCUAAGCACAUUGAUUCUGAUAAGACCGUAAACAGUAAAGGUACACAUGUCAAGUCAAAAUUAAAUGACAGUGAAUUAAGCAAAAAAUCUACUGAUAGUGGUUCUAGUAACUGCAGUAAUAAUUCAGAGGAAACAAAAUUCAAAAUUGUUACUUCAGAGGAUAAAAAAACAGUUAAUGCUCCGAAGUUCACAACUGUUAAUUUGAAUGGUGGGGGUGUUGAUAACGAUGAUAUGAGUGGAAGUAAAAACCAAAAAAUCCAAGAGAUUCGGAAAUUUACCAGAUCUGUAACUAUUGACAAGACUGCAUUGUAUAUUGAUCCUGAGGGUUUGAAAACACAAUCGGAUUUACAUACUUUAGACAGUAGUGUAGGUAUCAGUGAUGAUAAUUACAAGGUUUCUAUCAAAACUUCAGAAUCUGAAAUUCAGGAAACUCCUUUGGAAUCUUUAGAUGAGGUUCAGGUGGAACCAAAAGUAGAUGAAACUGAAGAGAAAGCAGUGUCAACAUCACCUGAUGGUCGCUUUUUCAAAUUUGACAUAGAAAUCGGAAGAGGUUCUUUUAAAACUGUGUUUAAAGGUCUUGAUACAGAAACAGGAGUUGCUGUUGCUUGGUGUGAAUUGCAGGACAAAAAAUGGAACAAGAGUGAAAGACAACGAUUCCGUGAAGAGGCAGAAAUGCUGAAAGAAUUGCAACAUCCAAAUAUUGUCAGGUUUUAUGACUCUUGGGAGGAGAGCACAUUACGCAAUAAAAAAUUCAUUGUUCUUGUUACAGAGUUGAUGACUUCUGGAACAUUAAAAACAUACAUUAAGAGGUUGAAGAAAUUGAAUACAAAAGUAUUGAGGAACUGGUGCAAGCAAAUUUUGAAAGGACUUUACUUUCUCCAUACAAGAUCUCCUCAAGUUAUACAUAGAGAUUUAAAAUGUGACAAUAUUUUCAUCACUGGACCAACAGGAUCUGUGAAAAUUGGAGACUUGGGACUGGCAACAUUAAAAAACAAAUCUUUUGCAAAAAGUGUAAUUGGUACCCCUGAGUUCAUGGCUCCUGAGAUGUAUGAAGAGCAUUAUGAUGAAUCUGUUGAUGUCUAUGCCUUUGGAAUGUGUAUGUUAGAAAUGGCCACAUCAGAAUAUCCAUACAAAGAGUGUCACAAUGCUGCUCAGAUCUACAGACGUGUUACCACAGGUGUUCCUCCAGAUGCUUUAGAAAAGGUUGAUAGUCCAUAUAUAAAAGACAUAAUUGAGAGCUGUAUACGAUCAAGAAAGGAAGAGAGAUAUUCAGUGAAAGAUUUACUUCAGCAUGACUUUUUCUUGGAUGACAAUGGUUUACGACUAGAAAUUGUCAAAACAGAAGACGGUGAAACAGAGUCCGUUCAGUUACAACUACGAGUAGUAGACCCUAAAAAAAGAAAGGACAAGCAUAAGGAAAAUGAGGCUAUUCAGUUUGGAUUUGAUUUGAAUAGUGAUGAUCCAGACAAAGUUGCUCAAGAAAUGGUUAAAUCUGGUUUCUUACAAGAAGAAGAUGUAAAGUUUGUUAGCAAGCAGAUCAAAGACAGAAUUGGUCAAUAUAGAAGCCGAGGGAAUGUUACAGAAAGCCAUAGUAAGACUGCAGAGGUAACUCAAGAUGGACAUCCUUUACAGACUCAACCUGCACAGAUUCAACCUCCUGCACAGGAAUCUGUGCAGACAGUUGACCUGUCCCAACAACAUGUUCAGCCCCAUUCUGAAUCCCAUAUCCAGACAUCAGCACCAUAUAGUACAGUUCAGACUCAGACUUCCGCUCCAGCUGUCAUUCAGCAACAGUCCUUUGAAAUACCUUCUGAGAAAGUGGAUCAUUCAUUAAGUGAACAACAGUUAGCAGAAUCGGAUUUACAGAAAACAGACAGUCUACAAGAUAUUGCUUCUGAUGCUUCUCCUAGACAGAAUGUAGAUACCAGUGAUACUACCAAAGAUUUACUGAUAGUUAAGAUGUCUGAGCGAGAAAGAUCAGAAAGUCUUCCAUUGAUAAUAAGAGGUGAACAAGUACAAGAUCAACAGGUCCAAAGUUCAGAAAAUGCAACAAACAAACAGAAUGUUUUGCCACAAGUUUCAUCGACCACAAAUAUGAUUUUAAAGAAGGGGACAAAUUUGGAACAGCUCAACAUCGCAGCUGCCCAACAGUUUCAAGGCAGUUACCAGAAGUCCAAAUCCAUGGGUCCAAUAUCUGCAUCUUCAUCAUUGUCUGGUAUAUGUACAAGUCUAUCUAUGGGAAAUCUGAAUGACGAUCACUCAAAUAGAGAGAGUGAGAAUGAAUCAACAGGAAAAGUAGACGAAAAAAAGCGUAAAACAAGACCAAAAAGACGCAAAACUCUAGAAAGGUCUCCCAGAUUGACAGUAUUAAGUUAUGAUGAAGAAGAAGGAGAGUUAGAAUGUAGAUUAGAAUUGUAUAAUAAAAAUACAGUUACAUUCAAGUUUGCGACAGCCUACGACAAGCCAGAAGAAAUAGCUGAAAGCUUAGUGACUGAAGAAAUUCUGCCAGGUCAACAGUCUAUUAUGGUGAUCACUUUGUUACGUGAAGUUAUAAACAUGGUUACAGAGGAUCCAAAGAAUGCUGUAUCACAGUGUCUAAGUUAUGUCAGCACACCAUCAUCUAGUCCUCAAACAGUUAGGAAAAGUAGGCCAGUUUUUGACUCUGAUACUUCAAAGCGACUUCACUUUGAAUUGGAUGGAGAUAGUGGUCAAGGUUCAGAUGAUGGCAGAUCUGACCUAGGAGUCCAUGUCAUCAGUGACACAGCAAGCGCUGCAGGAGAGAAAGAAAAACAAGAGUCUAGAGUAGUUGCCACUAAAAAGAAGAGUUUUAUUGUCAGUUGUGUAACUGAAGCUACUAUACAUGAAUCUAAAAUUACAGAAGAUGAAUCGGAAGAACAUGUAGCAAGUUCGGAUAAUUAUAUUUCACCUGAAAACACCCAUACAUCAAGUUCUACAGUAGCACACUCGAGUAUGGCAGUAGAUUCUGAUGCAUCAUCAAAUUAUGACACAGAAAAGUCACUUAAAGGAAAAAAGGUGCCUGUAGAUUUGAAUGAUUUACAAGAAAAAUUAACUCAAUUGACUCAAAAACAAUCUGUGGCAGGGGCUAAUGUGUCAAGUUCAUUGAUCCCACAAGAUGGAGUUCAACCAUCUUCACAGCAGGGGUCAGGUGCUACACCGACACCCAACAUUGAGAAUCAGCCCUCGACACUGCCUGAUUCUCAGCAUUCUUCCAGUAUUGUUCAGACACAAGAUACUAGUCAGAAAACUUUGCCUUUAAAGGAUGGACAAUCUAUUCCUAGAAAUACUCAGACAGUCAGUCAUCAUGUACACGAUGGAAGUGUUACUCCGCAAAUGCCUAAUCCACCACCAACAAUACAAACACAGACAUCACAUAGUCUCUCACAACCUGUUGAACCUUUACAAUUGCCUCUAAAUCAGUCAUUUUCUGGAAGUAUGUCUAAUCUAGCUCAAGGUCAAAGUAAUCAGCAAAUGUAUUUACAACAGCCAACCCCACAGUACCAGAUGAUGUUUCACUAUCCAACAGACCCAAUGGUAAUGCAGAUGAUGGGGAUUGGAUAUCAACAAAUGAUGUAUGCAUCCAUGAUGAUGCAACAGCAACAAGCUCAACAACAACAGCAACAAACCCAGCCGACUCAACAGCAACAGCAAGCACAGCCAACACAUCAACAACAACCGUCACAGUUUAUGCCACCUCAAAUGAUGUAUCCCCCUAACUGGGUGAUGCAAGGGCAACAAAUGCCUUACUUUCCUCAAGGAGGAUCACAAAAUAUUACUAGUCAAUAUCCACAACAGGUUCAAAAUGUACUUUCAGAUUUUACAUCAGUUGGAGGAUCUUAUCCUGCCUCACCAUCAGUUGGUAGGAGAUCUGACCAAGAUGGACAAAGUGAAAGUUAUUCAACACAGUCUUCUAUAUCUGGGCCUACAUAUGGUCCAAUUAAGAAGGAACUUUCAAUAAAACAUUUAGAACAAGAGUUGAAUAAACUUCAUGUAGCUAGUACACAAAAAUCUGAUAUGAAGGAUGGCACAUCAGUGCAUGGGGCUUCUUCAGGGGCCCAGCCAGUAGAUACAAUAAAAAAUGUUCAGACAAAUCCAACUGAUAUAAGCGGUGCUAAUGCUAGUAGUAGUAGUACAGAAACUAGUUCACAGACAACUGAAGAAUCAGAUGUCCAAAAAUCUGUAUCUAGAUUUGCUGUCAGUGUUGUAAAGGAAGAUAAACAGCAGGAUAGGCCAGUUGAAACCUUUAGUUCAUCUGAGACACUUGUGGAAUCUGACAAUCAAACUGACAGUGACAGAAGCAGAGACAUUGUCAAGGAAACUUUAGAUCAUAUUAUCACAGAGGUCUCUAUAAAAUUGGAAGAAAAUGCUGAAAAUGAAAAAGAUUUGGAUAAUGAAAAUAUUAAGAAAAAGUCAGAAAGUGCUGGUCGUAGGAGGAGUCGUUUUCUAGUGAUGAAAAUAGAAGAAGAUGAUGGAACAAUGACGACUGACAGCUUAUCUCCCUCCCUGCCUGUAUCUGAAGGUGGUGGGGCUUCAAAUGCUAACACAGCCUCCAGCAAAAGUGUAUCUAAUUCCUAUGUAUCUAGUAUAAGAAAAAAAUUGGAAAAAAAGAAGGCAACAAGAAGUAAAGAUGAGGUAGACUCGGGAGAAUCCAUAGUCUUUUCAAUGGAUGAAUAUCAAAAAAUGUGUUCUGACCAAGAGUACAAGGAUAUAGUUUUUAGGCAAAGAAAAGAAACAAAUGAUUUGAACAUGAAACAUCAACAAGAGUACAGAGACUUUUGUAGACAAAAAGGAUAUCCAGUACCUCCUGUUGCACCACCCAUACCAAACAGUAUUGUGUCUAGAAACUUUAAUUCUAUGCUUAGUCCACAAUUAUUGACACUUUCACCUUGCGUAUCCACAAAGUCCUCUACUCCUUCAGAUUUAUUGAUGCUAAAGGAAUCUUCGAGAACGCGAUCGCUGAGUGAAGGUAAUCACAUUUCUUCAAAAGAAAGUGUUGAAGUGCAAUCUGAAAAUGAAGAGUCAUCAAAUGAACUCAAAAAACAAACAACAUCAACAAUUAGAAAUGAUGAAAACGAAAAUGUAAAAGAAGUUGAUAAACACGAUAAAGGAGAAAUAAAUAAAGACGAUUCUAUACAAUUAGUUGAAAAGGUAGAAACAAGUAAGGAUGAUCCACAACAUUUACGUCAGCUGCCGAAACAAACUGAUGGACAAAGUUCUCUUCCCCAAGAAGUGAUACCAGAGAACAAAAUUUCAAAAAGUGAAGGCACUGAUGCAGAUGAAACAUCAUCUCUUAAGAGUCAGGGUAGUCGAAAGUCAAGCAUGGAUCUAACGCACACUGUAAAUACUACACAGCCAAAGCAACAAAUUACUUUUUCUCAGCCUGUGAUGACAAACCAGCCACCAAUUUACUCGCAAUUUCCAGGAAUGUAUCAGCAGUUUGGUUUCCCUCCACCAAUGCAAGUGCCUAAUAUGCCAAGUAUGUUUUAUCCAAAUAUCCCAUACCCAAAUACACCAUUGUGGGGAUAUGGUACUACAGAUCAACAGCAGCAACAACAGUUUCAAAGUAUACCACCCACACAACACCAGCAGGCUGCUAGUAACAUACAGAGAGGUGGGAGUUUGCCAGAACAAACUUUCCAACAUGCAGCUGUCUCACAACUCCCUACUGGGACAGGUUUUCCAACUAGUGCUAAUAUUAUAUCAUCAUCAGUGCUACAGACGAACCUUCCACCUAACACUUCCUCAAAUUAAUACUGUAAUUUGCCAAAUGUCUUUCAAUUAUAGAGAAAAAGUAAAUUGUAUCUUUGUAAUAAUACUAUGUAAAUAUUCCUGUACAUUCUUCAUACAGAUUCCCCUGUAAUUUACCGAGUAUGAAGGUCAUGAUAAAAAAAAAAAUUUUUCAAUAUGCAAUGUUGGAAAAAAUGAUUUUUUUGAGAGAUAAAAUGAUUGUUAUUAAUAGAAUAUUUUUAGAAUGGAUUAUUGAGCUGCUUUUUUGCAUCUGUAAAAAAGUCAUGAAUAAUACUUGUAUAUAUGUGUUCGUCUUGAAAGGUUUUAAUUUAGUACAUUGAGAAAAUUGGUAAGAUGAAAUUUAUCAUGACCUUCAGUAAAAGAGAGAUCUGUAUGGUUUAAUUGGGAUCAAAUAGUUCAAUUUUGAACUUUUAAAGUAAUAAUUGUAUUGUUGUAUGCCAUAUUUGUUAUAAUCAGUAAGUUUAGGUGUUGAAAUAUACUCAUAAGCACAGUGCAGAAAAAUAAUUCACUUCUCCAACAAGUACAAUAUUAUGUCAUUAUUAUUUAGUGUUUAGGGUCGUGCAUUUUUAGAUUUGUGGGCAUUAGGAAAAUUGGGAAAAACCUCAUAAGUUGGGUCAGCUUAUACCAUGUUGUACAAUUCAGAUUAUUCUUGAUAAAGUACCUUUCCUUUUCAUUUCUUUUAGGCCUUUACGUAAAAAUUAUUUUAUUUGAUGAGGUCUGUCUUACUACAGGUUUUAUAUGAUUGCAGAAACCAUUUCAUCGUUAAAAAAUUCUGAUUAACAUCUGCAUCAGAUAUUCCAAACUUUAGUAAUAAAAUGCAUGUCAAAGAUCAAUAUUUCAUAUAUUUAAUUUUUUUGUCAUGAUUUCCUAAUACAAAUGUUGAAGAACUGAAGCUGGAUGUGGUAUUAUUAGAUAGUUGUACAUAGAAAAACCAGAAAUCCCAUAAAAUUUAAUCCACCAUAACUAUAUGAAAAUGCAUGCGCAGUAACUAAUAGAAUAAAAUAUUUAGGUAUUUUGAUAGGUGAUUCCUUACGAGGUAAAUUCAAACAGAAACUGUGUAUUGCAGAAACAAAAAAUCCAAAAACAGUUCUUGACAGGGUUUAAUCAUGUAGCUUUAAUUAACUAUGGCAAGUUAAACUAUAAUAACCAAAAAAAUACUUCAAUACUGGAUAGAUUUUUAAACAAAUUAUAGAUAUUUUGUUAUGAUAUAAUUAUUUCGAAUAUAUCUUAUGGUAGGUAAUUAAAAUAAAAUAGCUAACAUCUCAAAAUAUAAUAAAGGGAAUAAUGUUUUUCAUCUUCAGAUUGAAAUUGAGAAGUAUACCAACAGAAUAGGAAUGUAUUUUCUAGUCAUAAUUACUGUCUGUUUUUCAUUAAGGUUCAAAAUAAGCUCUUAAAAAAUACAGAAGUAAAUUUGAUUUGUGCAAAGGAAGGUUUUAUAUUAAAAGAUAUCAGAUGAUAUCAGACAGUAAUUCCUACAAAAAGAUAUUUUGAAAGUGUCACACUCAGAUGUGCCUUUAACUGUGAUUCUUGGAAAAGUGUAUGGAGUUUAAGAAUGAGUUAAUUAAAAUGUAUGCAAGAGUGAAGAUUGACUUUAUGUUUCUCUAUUUUUUUCACAUUAUACUAUUUUUGUCUUAAAUAUGUUAAUUUGUAUAAUUAAUGAUUACUGUGUCAGCAUUAACAUACAGUAUAUAGACUGUUAUUUCAUGCAAGUAAUUUUUGUAUUGAUUUAUCAAAAACAAUUUAAAUAACUUUUGACCUUGUCAUCAAUUUCAAAUUUUCAUUCAGAUAAUAAACAUCAAAAACAGUAAGCACAAAUAAUGCCAUACAUUACAACAUUCAUUCUUUUUUGUUUUGUAAAAAUGUAUUACCUUAACUUUUAAAUCAACAUAAAUGUAGAUCAUAAAUUAAAACUUGAAUACUUAGGCCAAAUAAGGCCUUUAUCACACCUUAUCCUUACUUUCAGUCCAACUAUUUAUGGUUUAUGUUACAUUUUGAAUGCUACAAAAGAUUUUUUGUUAUUUUACUAUUAACUAUUUCCUUACAGUGUUAGAACAACCAUUUUAAUACUCUUGAUUUCAAUUCACAUUGUUGAUUUUAAUUGGAAGAUUGUAUUUUGCAGUUUUUAAGGUUCAAAUAUAUUUUAAAAGGUUUUUGUUCUGAUAUUUCUUUUGUUUUAUAUUUGUGCAUUUAAGACAAAAAAUAAAUUGCUACAACUUAUAUCUAUAUGUAAUCUAAAAAAAUACACAAAAGACAAAACUUCCAUAAAUGUACUCAUAAAAUUCCAGAUACAAUUAUCAGAAUUUUUUUAUAUAUAACUUCUUCCAUUUAGGCUUUUUCAGAAAUUACUCCUGGUACUUACUGUUUUAUUAAUAAUUUCAGGAAAAAGUUUGAUUUUCAAAUAUUUCCUGCUAAAAAAAUUGUGUUGUACUUUUAAUUGGUGUCAAUCGGUAUAGUCUGCUUUUUUUCUGAUAAACUUUUUGCAAUCUUGUUAAUGACUUCAUUUUCACCAUGUGCAGUUUGAAUAUUUUUUUUCAAACAAACGAUAUCAAAACUGCAGGCUGUUGUUUCAAAGUUAUGCAGGUAUGUGUAAUCUAAAGUAGUACAUAAUUUUGAACUUAACAUAUUGAAAAACUUUUAAUUUAAAGUCCCAUUUUGAAGUAAGUUGGACACAUAUUUCUAUGGUGAACAUCUAUGAGAGCUGUCUCAUUUAAAUAAGUUAUUUAUUAGCAAAACAAAGGGAACAUCAAGUGUCAAUCAAAAACUUCAAUCAGUUGCGAAAAGUGGCACUGAAGACACUUAGAAAAAAAGUUUUGAUGGCUUAUGAAAUGGUAUCGACGAUAUGUGUAAUUUAUAUAUCAGUAUUGAGAUAGAGCUUUUUGUUCUGUACAUUUAUCCGAAUUGCCACAGCUUAUAGAUGUAUCACAACUGUUAUAUUUUGUUGGCAACACUCUUUUAGCUUUAUACUGAUGAAGCUGUUAUGUUUCUUAUAUGAUGAUAUACUUUUACAUGUGUAAACAAUUUGUAUGUACUAAACUACUUGAUUUACAGAUGUUGUAUCAACAUUAAAAUAUAAGAUGUUAUAUUUUAGAUUGUAUUUCUAAAUAAUUUUCUUGUUUAUUUUUUUGUUUUAAUAAAAAUAUAUUUAAAAAGUGUAAUUCCACAUAGCUGCCACAGUUUAAGAUUUUUGUUGUUUAAAUAGUUCAGACUGAUUUGAAAUCUUUUUGUAUGCUAAAAAAAAUAAUUAUCUGUUUCAAAUGAAUUUGGACCAUGUUGUAAAAUUGCUUUAUUUAUUUUGUAUGGGAUGAUGCAAUUAUGAGGAAGUAAAGAUCAAAAUCAGUUGUGAUUGAUGAGUGUGAAUGAGACUUGAAAGGAGCUGUUUCCAGAAAAGGCAAAACAUUCAAAACUGUUUUAUUUUUUUGAAAUUUUAAAGCAACAUAUUAUAUUGCCAAUGCAGAUUUGUACCUUUGGCACAACUUUCAUGUACACUGGUAUUGUCAGUGGUCAGCAAAUAUUUGACAUCAUUUGCAGACAUGAAAUAAUUUAAUAUCUAGUAUACUGUUUUAUAGCUCAAUUGAAAAUGAAAAAAAUAGUAUUUUAUUAUAAUGUUGUAGAUUUAAUCUAAUUUGAUUGUUUAAAAGGAAAAAAAAUAUAGAAAAAUUUGAUACCAGUUUGAAUGUUUAACCAAUGAAUGUUUUGAUGUGAUUGUAUUGCAAGUAUAAUGCAGUUAUUCCACAGACAAUCCUUUAUUCACUAGUAUGUUUAUUUUUAGAUAUUUGAAAGCACAGUUGAAUAAUUUAAAAAUUGCACCAAAAAAUUCUUGCCUGUCACAGCUUAAUUGAUUAUUAAUUAGUCAGCCAUAAAUGAAACUUCAUCAAUUAUUUGAUGAAAUAGGGCAGUUGUUUUGUCUUUGCUUAUUUUUAUUUAAAAAAAAACCAAUACUUUAGUUGAUUUAUUAGUAAGAUGUAUGGUUAAAAGGGAUAAAUAUUUAAUUUGUGAAUUUUUUUGAAAUUAGAAAUAAUAGAAUAUAACUAGUUAAAUGAUUUACAGAAAAAUAACAGUUCAUAUUGAAUGCUGGUGAAAAUGAUGGCUUUAAACCAAAAUAAAAUGCAUUAAAAUAAGACAGAUUGAUUGUGUCAGACUAACUUACCUCAUGUCAAAUUGUUCAUUGAAAAAGCACACUUUUAAGAAAUAACCAGCAUUUUUAUAUUCAUUACAUUUUGAUAUCUUUUUUUUCGUUCAAAAUGUAAAUAAAACCAUGAGAGUGACAUUCUGAAGUGUGUUUUAGCAUAAGUGUGCAAUUUUUUUGUUGGUUAGUAUUCAUUCUGUGUUGAUUUAAUUUGUUAAUUUGCUGUUCAUUGUGAAUAGAUAUCAGUGAAUAACAGGUUAUUUGAUUGGAGUAUUCAUCUGAAAAAAAAGAAAAUAACUAUGUGUAAAAAAUAGCAAUGUGAUAUCCAUAAUUUUCCGAGAUUUAAUUGAUUUUGUUGCAAUGUUAUAUUUUUUGAAGAUUUCAAAAAUAAUGCAAAAAAAAGGCUUUUGCAGUAAAGAGUGGCAAAAAAACA